AUGGAUUCUUCUCAGGCUUUAGCUAUGUACUUUUCGUUUAUUAUUUUGAUUCUUAGUUUCUGGUCUUUCUCAUGUCCAGUGGGUGAGGAAGGUGCAGCCGAUAAUAUGAAUCUGAAUAAUGAAGGGAAAAUUAAGCAGAAGAAAAAUGAUAAGAAAAGUAGUGCCAAAAGCAUAGUAGAGUUCCAUACUGAGUCCGCUCGAACAUCUGAGAAUGAAGGUAUUUUUGAAGAGAAGAGGGAUCAUAAAAGGGGCAAAGAAAAAAAGCAGAUUAAGAAAAGUAAGGGAGCCGACGAUGUUGAGGCUGACAUGAAGAGUGGUUCUAGAAAAGGUGAAUUGAGUGUAGUAUCUGGUGAUGGUCGACUAAAGAUUGAUAAUGCUGAAAGGAAUGGGGAGAGAAAUCAAAGAGAGAAAAAGAAGGAUAAGAAUGAGAUAGUGGAGUCACAUGAUACUGACGAAGUAAAGAGGAACGAGAGUACUGAUUGGCAAGAGGGAGGACAUGUAUCUGGAAAAGUGAAUGGCAAAGAAGUUCUGAAAGAGAAGAUUAAGCAGAAAGUGAAAAGAAUUGACAGUGAGGUGGGAGAGAAAGAUGGAGAAGUGAUCCUAGAGCAUAGUGAGAGUCGCAUAGCCAGUGCCGCAGAUAUUAGGGAAGAUAUGAAGAAGGACAAGAAAAGGAGGAAGGAUGUCCAUUUUUCCAGGAAAAUGUGCUUAUGA